AUGGGUGGCUAUUAUCCAGUUCCAGUGGGCUACAAGUUCAGACCUUCAGAAGAAGAACUAUUUCUUCACUACCUUCUCUCCAGACUGAACGGAGAGGACUAUCGCAAAGGCGUUGUUCCAAACUGCGAUCUUUACGGCUUCUUUGUUUUUGGCUUAUGUUGCUUUUGGGUUCUUCAACAGCCGCAACACAGGAGGCUUCUUAGCCUGAAAUUGAUCUGGAAUUUCGUUGUGCUGAAGGUGGGGAAGUAUAUAACACGCCAUUUUCUGUUUUUGGUACUCAAGAACACUCGCAAGGUUUUCUCUAAGUACCACAACAUGCUUAUGGACACUCACAACGUGUUCAUAGCACUCAGUAUAGUGGGGUUCUUGCAGAAGCCCAUCUGUACAUUCACAACAGAAAGGUCCUUGCAGGAGCUCUCUGUGUAA